GCAAUUUGGCGCGCUGCUCGUGCCCCCGCAGUGUGUGCGCGCUGCUCGUGCCCCCGCAGUGUGUGCGUGCUGGCGCAAAGCGCGGCCUUCCGCUCUGUGCUCGUCCUCAUCAACAACAACAAUAACAACAACCGGACAAAGUGGCUCCCGGUGAGCCGCCAGAGGACCCCGCUGCCCCCCGGGCCGCCGUGACGAUGGCAGAGACGGUGAAGUACGUGGACGACCAACACAAGAGCAUCUUCCUGAAGCUGCUGAACGAGCAGCGGCUGGAGGGCGAACACUGCGACAUCGCUGUGGUGGUCGAAGACGUCAAGUUCCGCGCUCACCGCUGUGUGCUGGCCGCCUGCUCCAACUACUUCAAGAAGCUCUUCAAGAAACACGAGGUGGACAACUCCUCUGUGAUUGAAAUCGACUUCAUCCGCUCGGACAUCUUUGAGGAGGUGCUGAACUACAUGUACACGGCCAGGAUCUCCGUGAAGAAGAGCGACGUCAACCUCAUGAUGUCUUCAGGACAGAUACUCGGCAUCCGUUUCCUCGACAAGCUCUGCUCUCAGAAACGAGACGUGUCCUCAGAGGACAAAGACAAGUUCCCGUUUGACAUCGUGAAGAUGGCGCUGCCGCCCGAGGCCCAGCUGGCCGCUGACGCCGAGGUCCUUGGGGAACACCAUGACACGCCCACUAGUGAUGACCUCGCUGAGGCGUCAGCCAAUCAGGAGCUGGACAAGUCCCCCAGCGCCGCGCUGCGCGUGCAGGAGGCCAUCCUGAAGGAGCUGACCAACGAGGACGUCCACAAGGUCACCUGCUACGACCAGGACAUGGAGGCGGAGCCUAAGGAGCUGGGGGCGGAGCACCACACCGCGGAGACGCUGGCCUUCGCAGACAGCCUGGAGGUGAAGGACGAGCAGCCGCCCGGCUGGGCCAACGCCGCCGCUGACAUGAAGUUCGAGUACCUGCUGUACGGCCACCGCGACCAGCUGGCCUGCCAGGUGUGUGGCAAGAGCUUCCUGGACGAGAGCCGGCUCAGGAAGCACGAGAAGCUGCACUCGGCCGAGCGGCCGUUCGCCUGUGAGAUCUGCACCAAGGCUUUCACCACGCACGCCCACCUGAAAGAGCACCUGAAGAUCCACACGGGCUUCAAACCGUACCGGUGUGACGUUUGUGGGAAAUCGUUCAUUCGAGCUCCGGACCUGAAGAAACACGAACGAGUUCACAGCAACGAGCGGCCCUUCGCCUGCCAGCUGUGUGAGAAGGCCUUUAAACACAAGUCUCACCUGAAGGAUCAUGAGAGGCGACAUCGAGGAGAGAAGCCCUUCGUCUGCCCGUCCUGCCCCAAGGCCUUCGCCAAGGCGUCGGACCUGAAGCGCCAUGACAACAACAUGCACGGCGAGAGGAAGCAGCUGAGCGCCCUGCAGAGCGACACGGAGGCGCUGCAGGCCGCCGCCAUGGCCGCCGAGGAGCAGCAGGACGCCAUCGGCUGCUCCUGACACCUGACUCCGCCCCCUUGCCCAUGGCUCCUCCUACUAACCAUGGCCCCGCCCCCUGGACACUGGAGUAUGUUCCCUGUAGGUUUCUUGAUCUGUUUUUAACCCGGAGCUGUUAUUUCCUGCUCUGCUCGGAGACCAUGAACUGAUCUGAGCGGUCACGUGAUCGGCGUGUUCUUAACGUGUUCUUAACGUGUUCUGAACAUGGACUCCUGGCUUCAUGUAUGAUUUGUGUGUUUGUAAAUGGUCCGUUUUGUACAUAAAGUGUUGUUUAUAAAGUUGUUGUUCUGUUCAGUUUCAUGAGCAGAGCGGCUGUGUUUUAA